UAUACUUCUCCUUGCAGAUACUGCUUCUAAGCAAGGACCCAUAGAAGCCAUUCAGAAGUCAGUCCGACUGUUUGAAGAAAAGCGGUAUCGAGAAAUGAGGAGAAGAAACAUCAUUGGUCAAGUCUGUGACACCCCCAAGUCUUACGACAACGUCAUGCACGUUGGCUUGAGGAAGGUGACGUUUAAGUGGCAAAGAGGAAACAAAAUCGGGGAAGGGCAGUACGGGAAGGUGUACACCUGCAUCAACGUUGACACCGGCGAGCUGAUGGCCAUGAAGGAGAUUCGAUUUCAACCCAAUGACCAUAAAACCAUCAAGGAAACUGCGGACGAGCUGAAAAUCUUUGAAGGCAUCAAGCACCCCAAUCUGGUUCGGUAUUUUGGUGUGGAGCUACAUAGAGAGGAGAUGUACAUCUUCAUGGAGUACUGUGAUGAGGGCACCCUGGAAGAGGUGUCGAGGCUGGGACUCCAGGAGCACGUCAUCAGGCUGUAUUCUAAGCAGAUCACUGUGGCCAUCAACGUCCUUCACGAGCAUGGCAUCGUUCACCGUGACAUUAAAGGUGCCAACAUCUUCCUGACCUCGUCUGGACUAAUUAAGCUGGGGGAUUUCGGAUGCUCAGUAAAGCUUAAGAACAACGCGCAGACCAUGCCUGGUGAAGUGAACAGCACGCUGGGGACAGCAGCGUACAUGGCUCCAGAAGUCAUCACUCGCGCCAAGGGAGAAGGCCAUGGGCGUGCAGCAGACAUCUGGAGCCUGGGAUGUGUUGUCAUAGAGAUGGUGACUGGCAAGAGACCUUGGCAUGAAUACGAACACAACUUCCAGAUUAUGUACAAAGUGGGAAUGGGGCACAAGCCGCCAAUCCCCGAACGAUUAAGCCCCGAAGGGAAGGACUUCCUUUCCCACUGCCUGGAGAGCGAGCCCAGGAUGCGGUGGACGGCCAGCCAGCUCCUCGACCAUGCCUUCGUCAAGGUCUGCACAGAUGAAGAGUGAAGCGGACACGUCUGGGGCCUGGCAGAGUGCCUGUACUCGGAGAGUCCCUGCGAUCACUACUGUAUGUAACGUUUCCACGAAGACCGCGCCGAGGAGCGGCGUCGGCCUCUCUGACCCUCCGAGCCGGCCGGCUGCCCGGUGACGGGCGUCCGCCUCCUGCUGCUCCCGUCCACGGCCCGGGGCCCCCCUGAGA